GCACCCUAGACGCAACAGGAGAACUACAGGGUGCGCGUGCUUUUGCCCGGUUCAGUUCGCACAUAAAUUCCUAGUUGACACAAGGGGGACAGCCUUUGGAAAGUGUCACGAGUGUCACGUUUUAAAAAUCAGACAUUUCUAGUGGAUUAUUUUUACCAAGUGGAGAGGACAUAUUCCUAAAGUUUUCUUUAAAAUAUUUGUAUUAGACGAAAAUAGUCGUCGUGAAACCCCACAGACUAACAUUACGUCCUCUGCGUCUUCCUAAUUAUAACACGAGCUCGCGGUCAGUAACUGUAUCUCGAGGGUCAAAGGCGCGCGCUAUGCGGACCGAGCCUCGCGCCACGACUGGCUUCUGACAACUUCCCUGCGACCAUCAGAGGAAUAACGCACGAAAGUUCGACUUUUCAAACCACUAAGCUCUGAUUGGCUGCUGGGCUUGCCAGAAGUUGGGCAGCUUUUUUCUCAAACAACAGACUCCAUUGUUAUCUCCGGAGCCUACCAGCUCUUGAUAAGGUUCCUAAGCAAUGCCUGUUCCUCCUCCACCACCUCCCCCAGCACCCCCACCUCCACCUGCUGCAGCUCCUGCACAACCACGGACAGACCCUCCUAAAGUCCAGCGAUCUGAGGGUGGAGGUCGCAGUGCACUCCUGUCUGACAUUCAGAAGGGGACGAGGCUGAAAAAGGUCACACAGGUCAAUGACCGAAGCGCACCAGUCUUUGACAAACCUAAAGUGAAUAGUGUGAAUGAUGGUGGAAGAAAUGUGGCUGCUGGGAAUUCUACAAACACAGCAGGAUCUACUCCAUCUGCAGUGGGUCCAAGUCUGGGUGGACUGUUUGCCGGGGGAUUUCCUGUACUCAAAUCAGUUGGACAGAGAGAGAAACAGACACAUCACAACCUGGUGUCUCGUUCCGGCUCUACCGCCAGCCUGAAGCAGCCUCUCUGGAACCCUCCAUCACAAGGAGAUGGUUUCAGGGGAAGUGCCCCUGACCUUUCCCCCUCCCACAGGCCUUUGGAGAGAACCUCAUCACUGUCUAAAGCUCGGCCUAUUUCCUCAUACACAGCUCCGCCCUCCCCCAGCCAAACUACACAUCCUACUUUCAAACUGUCCUCUACUCCUCCUUCCUCUGCCCCACCCCCUCCUCCACCUCCUCCUCAGGAGCGGCCCAAUAAUAGACCACCACCUCUCCCCACCUGCCCGCCUCCACCUCCUCCUCAAAUGGCCAAACCCACUUGGUUACCUGUUCAAUCACACUCCAUUCCCAUGCCCACAACUCCGCCUCCUCCACUGCCUCCCUCGGUUCCUCCAUCCUCACUUCCUGACAGAUCAUCUGGUGUCUUCUACCCUCCACCCCCUCCACCGCCUCCAUCAGUCCCUCCAUCCUCACUCCCCGACAGGUCAUCUGGUGUCUUUUACCCUCCGCCCCCUCCACCCCCUCCACCCCCUCCAUCAGUCCCUCCAUCUUCACUCUCUGACAGGUCAUCUGGUGUCUUCUACCCUCCGCCUCCUCCACCACCUCCGUCCUCGCUCCCUAACCGCUCAUCUGGAGUCUUCUUCCCUCUGCCUCCUUCACCGGGGCCGUUAGAAAUGAAGGACAGUACAUUAGGACCUCCUCCCCCACCUCCUCCUCUUCCUGGUUCAUUUGCAUGCAGUAACACCUCCUCAGCACCUCCUUCGCUACCUCAGAAAGUAUCUUCCUUGCCUUCACCUACAUACAGGCCCAGCGUACCACCUUUGCCACCAUCCUACCCCUGUAGCGCACCCAGUAGACGACCCCCUGCUGUGCCAAGAUUUGCAGGUGCUCCACGGAUGGCUCCACCCCCUGCUCCCCCGGCUCGCUCUCCUAACACUGAACUCUCUAGUAGGAUCCCGCCCCCUCCUCCUCUCCCACUGUCAGCUCCGCCCAGCUCAGUACGCAACGGACACCUGCACAGUUUAGAUGACUUUGAAUCAAAGUUUCACUUCCAUCCGAUAGAGGACUUCCCCCCUCCUGAAGAGUUCAGGCCCUUCCCACGUACUUACCCCAGCAAGGAGAACAGAGUCAACCCACAACCUCCUGCUAUGAGGACUCAUUUAAGAUGAAACAUGAAGCUUGGUGCUAACCUUUAUCAGGACAGUUUUUAAGCAUCAUUUUCAUCAUCAGUGAAGAACAGCAGCCAAAUCUGUAGGUCAGAUCAACUCACUUAGCAGCACCACAUUAUCCAUGAAAACAUUUUAGUUUGAUGUACAAUUAGUAUACUUUUUUUUUUUAUCAUGAAUAUUUCAAGAAUGAGUUUCCCCAUUAUAGUUGCAGCCCUGUUAAAAUCUCUCAUUCUUAUUGAAAGUGUUUAUCUUUUUAAUCUUCUUCAUUCAAUAAUAAGUGCUUUAACAUUUAAUGUAUCUGGAACAAAUGUAUUAUCCUAAUAAUUCCAACUAAUUUUGCUUAUACCUGACAAGGCUUUUAUUAAUUAUCCCAUCAGCUGUCAACAUACCCUGAAAAUUAUGAAACUACUAAUAGAAUAAACAUGAGAAAGAAAUUAAAACAUGGCUCAACAAAAUAAAGUGUUGAAUCUGUGAUUACAGAUUAGAGAAAUCUUGCUAACAAAUAAAGGCCAUCCAUUUGUAAAAGGGAAGAAAGUUCACCAAGCAGUAAUAGUGAAACAGUGUGUUUUAGGCCUAAGGUGGUGAGAAUAAAUGGUUAAAAUAGACGAAACUAUAGAUAUAGUAAAUGGAAUUACAUUGCUAAAACUAAAACAUGUGAGGUUUUUAGGCAAUAUUGACCUGUUUUUAUUUCUUGUGGCUGCCUUUGUUACUGAAUCUUCAUCUAUCUAAUCAAAUCAAGACUUUCUGAAACACCAAAGAAUUACUCUUUGAUUUCCCUCAUUCUAUAUUUUAUUUUUUACAUCUAUCUGUAUUUGAAAUCUCUGCCAGUAUGAAAUGCUGUAUUAAAGCUCUGAAAACAGAAGAAUUCUCAUGCGAGACACUGGGAAACAGUGCCACUCACUGGACAUGAUUGCAUUUUAUUCCUCUGACUGAAUAAAUUAUUGUUUAACCCAAGUAAACAUUA